AUGCCCAAAGCCGCCCCACGGAGGACAUUUACCGCAUGCUGGACAUGCCGUGGGCGAAACAUUCGGUGUGAUGCAGGUAUCCCUGGUUGUUCACAAUGUGCACGAUCACGCAUAACCUGCGAAGGCUAUCACUUCAAUCUUGUUUGGGUUGAUCCUAUUACAGGAAGCUAUACGUCGCAUCAAAGACGUGCCUAUCCUUGCCACCUUACAUGGCAUGGCUUUCCUUCCUUAACGUUACAGGAGGUUGAUCACUUGAUAGGCCAUUGCAAAGACACUCAAUGUCGAUGCCCACUACAUCAGUUCGUGAACCCCUUCACAGCUUUUUCUAUCAAUGAGGAUCUUGUCAACCUGAUCUCACCCAGUGAAGGGAACACCGCGAAUCAUAUCCUUCAACCACCUUCAUGCUCGUUACUGAAUGAGACCGUUCUUAACAACGCCACAGCCGUGGGUGAGGGCCAUGACCACUCGCUACCAGCAGUGCCAACUCCUGUUUGGUCCACUCCAACCUCUGAUACUGAUCUAAGCCUUGCGAGGAGCCAAACUCCGAUCAGAACCGUGGAAGGCCAAAAGAUGCCGCUGAGGGGCUGUGACGAACCCUUAGAGCAAGAGACGAGGCUGGUCUUGCGACAUUACACCAGCGAUGCCGCAAAUGUUCUUGCCCACCAACCAACACAACCUUGGAUGGUCAAUGUGACCUAUGAAGACGGUAUGCUAUUUCACCAUUUCCUCUCCAACCUUUCAAAGAGGAUGGUACCGGUGGAUGAUGAUUGCAACCCCUGGAAAACUGUAUAUCCAUCGCUUGCGAUGCAGACAACACGGUCAAGCGAUGCUGAGGCCUUGUAUCAUGCACUUCUUGCACAGUCUGCAUUCCAACUGGCCAACCUCAAGGGCUCCGAACGAGGAGCUCAAGUCCGGGGAAGUGCUCUGCGCCACUACGGCAUUGCUCUGUCCAAACUUCGUCAGAGUCUAAUUGAUCCAUCCAAAGACUACACCACAGUUCUGGCUGCCCUUUAUACCGUGAUUUUGGCCGAACAUGUUUUCCAAGGUACUCGUUCUGGAUGGCACGACCACAUUCGUGGAGCUAAGGGCUUCGUCAGUCAAUUUUUGAGUCAACAGCCCUGGAAGCAUUCUCGGGAAGCCUACACCAUUACGCAGAAUUUUGGGCUUGCAGUGGUCAUAUCUAGUACUAGCGAUACGAGGAGACCAUUGCGAGUAGAAAACGACGAAGUUGGUGAGCUCGAAAAUAUGCUCAAUGACCUGAUGAGUAUGCCAGACAUGGUCUUCGGUUACACUCUUGGCGGGACACCCCACAUUUUGAAAGCAAUAUAUCAAAUCCGACUCCUUGAAGUGCACGUCAAUGCAAGAAGAAUUUCUGGAGACGUGCCCGAGCUCGAUGAUGACAUGUUCUCUCGCGUGGGCCAAAUCCUCCAAUUACUACAUAUUCCCCUACAUGAAAAGUUACAGACAUAUGUAUGCCACCGCGAAUCCAAUGGCAUCACUGUCAAGCCUCAAUUGCGCACAUUGGCUGAGACUCAUCUCCGGCUCUUCAACACUGCGGUCUCAAUCUAUCUCUUCUGCAUCGUCCUUCGCUCUCCACCCUCGACCGUGGCGGCGGAUAUACGCCAGGUACUCGUAGACGCGAGGUCUUGCAUUGACGUGCAUGACAGUACUGUUUCGAUCUGGCCUCUUUUCGUCGCGGCUGUCGAGGCAUAUGAGCUUGAAACUCAGACUAUGGCCACGUAUUGUCUUGAUGUCUUCAAGGACGGAGGGGCUGGCAACCGGAGCGAUGUCAAACGUGUGGUGCAACAAGUCUGGAAAGACCGGGACAGAUUAGCAACUGAACUACAGUGUAAUCCUGGUGAAGUGUCGCUCGACUGGCGUGAGACUAUGAAGAAGCUUGAAGUGGAUAUCCUGUUGCUCUGA